AUGGAACCUGCUAUAUCCAACCACAGGAAAAAUAAAGAUUAUAGGAAGUUUAUAGGUUACAGGUGUGUUGAACUCCACUUCGUUGCACUUCGUUACGUUCAACUGUUUAUAGAUCACAGUAGGUUUAUAGGUUACAGGUGUGUUGAACUUCACUUCGUUGCACUUCGUUACGUUCAACUGUUUAUAGAUUACAGUAGGUUUAUAGGUUACAGGUGUGUUGAACUACACUUCGUUGCACUUCGUUACGUUCAACUGUUUAUAGAUCACAGUAGGUUUAUUGGUUACAGGUGUGUUGAACUUCACUUCGUUGCACUUCGUUACGUUCAACUGUUUAUAGAUUACAGUAGGUUUAUAGGUUACAGGUGUGUUGAACUUCACUUCUUUGCACUUCGUUACGUUCAACUGUUUAUAGAUUACAUUAGGUUUAUAGGUAACAGGUGUGUUGAACUUCACUUUGCUGCACUUCGUUACGUUCAACUGUUUAUAGGUUACAGGUGUGUUGAACUUCACUUCGUUGCACUUCGUUACGUUCAACUGUUUAUAGAUUACAGUAGGUUUAUAGGUUACAGGUGUGUUGAACUUCACUUCGUUGCACUUCGUUACGUUCAACUGUUUAUAGAUUACAGUAGGUUCAUAGGUUACAGGUGUGUUGAACUUCACUUCGUUGCACUUCGUUACGUUCAACUGUUUAUAGAUUACAGUAGGUUCAUAGGUUACAGGUGUGUUGAACUUCACUUCGUUGCACUUCGUUACGUUCAACUGUUUAUAGAUUACAUUAGGUUUAUAGGUUACAGGUGUGUUGAACUUCACUUCGCUGCACUUCGUUACAGUAGGUUUAUAGGUUACAGGUGUGUUGAACUUCACUUCGUUGCACUUCGUUACGUUCAACUGUUUAUAGAUUACAGUAGGUUUAUAGGUUACAGGUGUGUUGAACUUCACUUCGUUGCGUCCAACUGUUUAUAA